AAAUUAAAAUGAAUACUAAAUGUAAUGUGAUGUAAAGGAUGUGCCGCUCUGUAGAAAGCAUUCUUUAUAUUUUAAUACAUGAAGUAUGGGCAGAUUCAUAUUUUAAAAUCUUAAUUAAUUUUCUUCUUAACUAAACAGUUAAAUCAUAAACAUUAUGCUUGGCAAUGACAUUACAAACAAACUUCUGAAAACAAAUCCAUACUCUUUAGUGUUCUCUUUCAGUUUAGUUUUAAUAGGAUGUCUUGGACCCAUGCUAAUUCCACCUCUACAUAUUUCAGUAGUUUACUACUUUUGGUCCAAUUAUAAUCGAGCAAUUAAUAAACAUCUAUGUUCAUGUUCGUGCUGGGAUUCCAUAUUUAAAGGACCAUAUGAAUCAGGAGUUGCCUCAUACAAACACGUGUAUUUUAAUUCAACUUCAAAUUCAUUCAAGAUAUGGACUCUGACAGUGACCUGCAUAAUUCUGCUUUACGAGUCGACUCGCCGCCUAACUAAACUCGUGCUACAGAAGCGAGUUCGUUACUCUAUGACUCUUCUCUUCGUUUCCUCGAUGUUCUCUCAUUACUACUCUUGGUGGAUGUUUUUCAACUACUGGAAUGAUGAGUAUUACUUUCAGUGGUACCAUCAGGUGUUCUUCUCGGUGACUGAAGUGGUAUCAUCCGCACAGGUCCUCCUUCUCGCUGACAGGCAGGUCGGCCUCACCGUAGCUAGAACUCUACCUGUUGUUACCAUCGCUUUCAUCCAUAUUCUCGCAUCCUGUUCAGAUCAAUUCUUCCACAACGUUUUACAGGGAGAAGGAUACUCUUAUCAGGUAGUCCGAGAUAUCGGCUUCAUGAUAUCAGAUCUUCUUCAUGUGAUGAUUCCACUGUGGCAUCUGAAGAAUCAGAAGCAGACCAACCGGAUUCAGAACAGAGAUUGGAUUUACUUCUUUCUGACUGUUAUCAUGGGAUUGAUGGUUGUGUAUUUUUUAUAACAUCAACUGAUUAGCUGUGGAUAACGGCUAUUGUACAUUGUGAGGACUCAACAUUUGAGGAAAUUGUAAUUUUAAGCCCGAGAAGUUUUGCAAGAUAAAUCAUAACAAGAGAAUCUUAUCCUGGCUUCAAGAAGUGUGAAUUUGUGUUGCCAAGCCCAUUGUUUACAUGAUAGCAUAAAUCCAAGAAUUGUAAAUAAAACUUACAAAAACCCA